GACAGUAAACCACAGAUCCUGCUGAACAUCCUAUUUGCACACACCAUUGUCUUUCACCCUCCAGGAACUCUGAAAUUGACUUCAUCUGUGUUUCUGUGUUUAGGUGAAACUUCUGUAUAUCAACGACCGUUACUCAGAGACUUGGUUCUAGAGUGUUAGAGACCUAGUUCUAGAGUGUUAGAGACCUGGUUCUAGAGUGUUAGAGACCUGGUUCUAGGGUGUUCGAGACCUGGUUCUAGAGUGUUAGAGACCUGGUUCUACUGUUCUAGAGUAGAUCUCCAGGAAGAGGACCAGGAGGACCAUGCUGAAGAAGGUGCUGCUGGGUAGUCUGGGAGCAGCUCUGGUGCUGACUGCAGGCAUCCUGUUGGGGCACUUCGGCAUCCAGAGGGGCUCCACCGCCCCUGACUGGGUAAUGAGCGUGACACAGGACGUAGACGAGGCUCUCAUCCAGAAGUUUAUCGCAGAGGUGGACAACAUUGCGAUACAGGAGAACCUCAGGGAGCUGACUAAAGUGCCCCACAUGGCGACCUCGCCAGGGGACGAGCAGACGGUUCAGUACAUGUUAAAGAGGUGGCAGGACCCAGACACAGGUCUGGACCAGGCCUGGAGGGAGGAGUACAAGGUCUACCUGUCCUUCCCAGACCCCAACACCCCCAACAAGGUCACCGUGGUGAGCCCUUCUGAUGCUGUCCUGUACACUGCCAGAGAGAAGGAGAAGGCAUAUAGUUCAGACCAGGAGGAUCCUGAGGUGGUACAGCCCUAUGCAGCCUACGCCCCCGCCGGACACCCAAAGGGGAGACUGGUCUACGCCAAUCAAGGGAAGCCCAGUGACUACUUCCUGCUCAACCAGACCCUGAACCUGACAGGGACCGUCGCUAUCACCAGAUAUGGAGGAGAGGGGAGAGCAGGGAAAGCCAUCAAUGCAGCUCCGUACGGUGUGAUCGGGGUGCUGGUCUACACCGACCCGUGGGACAUCAACGAUGGCAAGAUGUCCGACAACAACGAGACGUACCCCUAUUCCUGGUACAUGCCCCCCUCAGGGGUGGAGAGGGGCUCCUUCAACACCCACUAUGGAGACAUGCUGACACCCUACCUGGCCGCUAAAGAUGACACAUACAGAAUACCAGAAAAGAAUAUCACCGGGAUCCCGCCAAUCCCGAUUCAACCAAUCGGGUUUGAGGAUGCCUACGCCUUGAUCUGUGAGCUGGGAGGAGAGCCCGCCCCAUCCGAAUGGCAGGGAGCAUUCAACUGCACGUAUAAUUUUGGGGGACCAGGAUUCAAACCAACAUCCAACUUCAACAACAGCGAUGUAAAACUGGACAUCUAUAACCGUGAGGAGCUGAAGAAUUCUGCCAAUGUGAUGGGGGUGAUACGCGGCAGUGUUGAGCCAGACAGAUAUGUGAUCUACGGUAACCACAGAGACAGCUGGGUCCACGGGGCCAUCGACCCCAGCAGUGGAACCUCCGUGAUGCUGGAGGUGACCCGGGUGCUGGGACGAAUGGUCAAGCAGGGGAAAUGGAGGCCACGGAGGUCCAUCAUCUUUGGGAGCUGGGGAGCCGAGGAGUUCGGUCUGAUUGGAUCCACAGAGUACACUGAGGAGUAUUACAGCAAGCUGAGUGAACGUUCUGUCGCCUAUAUCAACGUGGACAUAGCUGUAUUCGCUAACGCUACUCUAAGGGCAUCGUCGUCCCCCUCUGCUCAGAGUGUUAUCCUCAAGGCCUCCAAACAGGUGAAGACACCUGGAUCAGACUCGACAUCCGUCUACGACAACUGGAUUCGCUACUUCAACCGCACUAGCCCCGCCUACGGAGUCAUCCCCAAUGUGGGUUUUCUGACUGGGGCAGGAAGUGAUUACGCUGCCUUCAUCCACUUCCUAGGUAUCACCUCCAUGGAUAUCUCCUACACCUACGACAGAACCAAAACCAGAGCCAGAAUCUACCCAGCGUAUCACACGGCAUAUGACACCUUCGACUAUGCCUCCAAGUUCAUCGACCCAGGGUUCACCAGUCACCAGACGGUUGCCAGGACGGCAGGGAACGUCCUGAUGCGAUUGGCUGAUAGUCUUCUGUUGCCGUUCAACUGCAGUGACUAUGCAGAGACUCUGGAAGGAUACCUCAGUAAAGCCAUGGAGCUGUACACUGAUGGACUGGCAGCACAUAUGAUCUCUAUAGAGCCAUUACAGACUGCUGUGAGGAAUUUCCGUUCUGCUGCCUCCAGACUGGACCAGCUGAUCAGAGAUUCAGACUUGGCCAACGAGACGCCCCUGAAGGUGCGUAGGAUCAAUGACCAACUGAUGCUCCUGGAUAGGGCUUUCCUGGACCCUGUGGCGUUCCCUGAUCGAUAUGGAUACAGACAUGUGAUCUGGGCCUCCAGUAAGGCUGGACAGGCUACCUUCCCAGGACUGGCUGAUGCGUAUACCAGAGCUGCGUCGACUGGACUGGACAGCGACUGGAAAGAAGCACACCGUCAGCUGUCCAUCCUGAUCCAGGCCAUACAGGGAGCCGCUCACACACUGGGAGACACCAUUUAGCCAGAACAUAGAGAUACUGAUAUAUGUUAUGAUAUUCAGUUUACAUAUAUAAUAAUAAAGUUUUAAUUAUAUUUCUGUGAAGAGACUGUCUCAUGGAAUGUCAUCCUAUGUGCAGUUGAAUUGGCUUUAGAUAGAAUGGAAAAUAACUUUCUUAUGAUGGUAAGGUCAGCCAUUUUGGUCAGGGAUUUGGUCAACCAUGGUUUAGCAGGCUGCAAAUACAUUUUGUACAUAAAUGCGCGAAUUGAAUGUGAGGCUGGGCUUUGCUGUGAUAAGAUUUUGUGUAAAAUAAUGAAUUUGAAGAAUUUAUCUUCCCUGUAUGUUUGUUAGCUAGCUAGCCAGACAGUUUUAGAGGAAUGAUUCCAUUAAUUGUUCAAAUUAACUGCCAAUAUUCCAACAUUCCAUUCAAACAAUGUAGCCAAUCCACAGCCAGACACUGGCUGACAUCAUGAUGGGACUUAGAUAAGUUGUAAAUGCAACAAGUACUGAUAUUGUAUCAUAUAAUAGCACUCACAGCUUUCCAAGAAAACGAAAAAUGUGACAUUUAUGGUCUGGUUACAUUUAUUUUAGAGUCUAUCUAUUGACAAAAUGUGUAUAAAACCUGUAUAAACUGUAUUUUUAAUUAUAUAACAAUAUUUUAGGUUGACAAUUAUAUUACACCAUUUCUGGUCAAAUGCCUUACUUUUAUUUUCAUGUAUAAGUAAAAUCAGAAUUAUACUUAGACAGCCAUUCGUUCCAAUAAGACGGGUUUGGAUUUCUCCCUGACGAAUAUGGCUGCCAGUUUUACUCCAUUCUGGAACCUUGAGGGUUUAUCACAUAUACUUCACCUCUGGUAAUUUUAUAGGAUCUCUGGGGUCAGCACCAGAUUGCUGUAACAUAAUGAUGUGGUUAGCUGAUAUGUCAAAUGUCUAUCCAAAUGUCUGAGCAGAUUGCAGAUCAAAUAAUAUCAAAUAAUAGCCUAACUUAGUAAAAAAAAGCUCUGUUUACAUAUAUAUUGACUAUUUAAUAAACAAUUAAAUAACAA